CUGGCCCCGCCUUCGUGCUCCCUUUGAUCCCAGAGGAACUUUGGCUCGCGCAUUCCACGCAUUCCAGCCGCGCGAACAAUCAGCGCUCGGUUAUUUAUUAGCGCGGAGCGGCGUGCGCUGCAGCCACUUGGGUCCGCGGAGGGGAGCGCGCAGCUGCUCUUAUUCACACAUUCGCUCCAGUCCUACUCACGUGCGGAUUUCUCUCCGUCCACAGCUUCAUAUAUGGCGAGGAGGAAACCCUGAACUGGUUCCUGCCUGUACUUUGACCGCUUAGCAGUUUCUCCGCGCACGGGUUGCGGCGCAUCCGGAGUUAACGGGAAAUGAUAACGGCGGAGGAAUCGUCCGGCACUGUGCUGCACCGGCUCAUCCAGGAGCAGCUCCGGUACGGGAACCCAACGGACGCCAGGACCCUCCUGGCCAUCCAGCAGCAGGCGCUGCGGGGCGGGAGUAGUGGCGGGGGUGCCGGUAGCCCCCGCUCCUCCUUGGAGAGCCUCACCCAGGAGGAGGUGCAGCUCCCGCAGAUGUCUGCCCGCCAGGAGCCCCAGGGCCAGGAGCACCAAGGCGACUUCGCUCACUCCGAGAGCUCCAUGCGCCAGCUGUACCAGCUCCACCGUGAGGAGCUGCCCACUUAUGAGGAGGCCAAGGCCCACUCCCAAUACCUGGCCUCCCGGCGGGGUCAGGCCAACCUGCUCCCGGCUCAGUCGGACACACCAGAAGGCCCGUGGGCACUGAAGCACGGGCACGUGCGCUCACUGAGCGAGCGCCUCCUGCAGCUCUCGCUGGAGAGAAGCGAGGCUCGGAGCAGCACGGCGCUUAGCCCCUCGCACAGCUACCCCCAGCUGUCCCGGCACCACGUCGGUCCCGCCGCGCACGCCGAGCCGGAGGCUCCCCGACCUCCAGAGCAGCGGGGCCCACCCCCGGAGUACCCGUCCCUGCUCAGAUCUCCGGGCUACAUGCUGAGCCACUCGCAGGAACAUGGACACUACUACAAAGAAGCAUCUCCCGUGUUCCAUGCCCACCGGCACAGGAUGGUGCCAGAGCAGACACCGUUUCCCCACCACGCUGCCGUGUCCACGCACCAUCCUGCUGCUGGGGGCAUCUUCUCGGCCCCCCUCGCCCCCUCCGGCGGCAGCUACGUGGCCCAGGUGGAAAGACUCGUCAAGGAGAACGAGAGGCUCAGGAAGGAGCUGGAAGGACACGGCGAGAAAGCAGUACGUCUUCGCAAGAUGGAGACGGAGAUCCGGAAGAUAUCGGAGGCCUACGAGACACUGAUGAAAGGCUCUGCCAAGCGGGAGGCUCUGGAGAAAACCAUGAGGAGCAAGUUGGAGGGAGAGAUCAAGCGGUUGCAUGAGUUCAACAGGGACCUGCGAGACCGCCUGGAAACGGCCAGCAAACAACUAGCCGCUAAGGAAGUCGAAGCUGCCGACCAAAACCAGCACGUCCUUGCCAAACUCAUCGAGCAGAAUGAGAAGCAGAGGCGAGAGAAUGAGGAGCUGGAGCGGGAGGUGCGGCGUCUACAGGCCGCGGGGGAAGAGCAGCGGCGGUGCCUGGAGAUGCAGGAGCAAGUGCUGCGGGCAACCCGAGCACGCGCUGCCCAGCUGGAGGAGGAGCUGCGCAGGAAGCGCGCUCAUGCGGAGAAGGUGGAGCGGCUGCAGGGCGCCCUGGUCCAGCUGCAGGCGGCUUGCGAGAAGCGCGAGACGUUGGAGCUGCGGCUGCGCACGAGACUGGAGCAGGAGCUCAAGGCUCUGCGGGCACAGCAGAUGCAGAGUCAAGGGUCCAUGUUAUGUGGGGAACCUACCGCACCAUCCCUGCUGCAGCAGCUGCGGGAGCGCGAAGAAUGCAUCCUAGCCCUAGAGGCGGACAUUACGAAGUGGGAGCAGAAGUAUUUGGAAGAGAGCACCAUGCGCCAGUUCGCCAUGGAUGCGGCGGCCACGGCGGCUGCUCAAAGGGAUACGACCAUCAUCAAACACUCUCCGCAGCAUUCCCCUCACGGCAGUUUUAACGAAGACCCGUCGAUCGACAGUCACAGGCACCAAGAGAUGGAGAACAGAAUAAGGGCCCUAUAUGCGGAGCUCAUUGAGAAGGAUGUUCUGAUCAAAGUGAUGCAGCAGCGCCUACGCCGUGAGCCGGGCAGGGUUGAGACUCAAGGCCUGCGCCCUGCAAGGUCCGUGCCCUCCAUUAGCGCUGCUGCCACAGGCUACCCUGCCCGGUCAGUGGACCACACAAGCCAGGACAAAGGAAGAAGCCUCUCAGAUGACCAGACAGCAACGGUAUCGGCCUCCUCUUGCGCUGCUCUCAAUCCCUCAAGCUAUGACUGUGUGAACCAACUGGAUGGUCUCCAGGAGGAGGCUUCCGUUGUGGCCGAGCCCGUCGUGGGCACAGCGCCAGUUUCAGAUGUGGUCUCCGAUGUUCCGGAGCAUUCCCAAACUUCUCACCACGCCUUCAAGAGCCUCCUGAGCAAGGAGGCAGAAGUGGUGGAAAUUCUCAUCUGAAGUCGAUGACGGCAACGUGAGACAGUGGCCCGCAAGACCGGAGGAGCUCCACGGGAGGUGGUUCCGCCCUUUGCCGCCCGAGGACGCCGCGUUGCCGGCUCAGGAUGCCCUCGCACGAAAAGGAAGUUGCGGCGAAGUGAAACGGGACAGAUGUGCUAACAAAUGGGGAAUUUAAAGCUGACUGUAGUUGAGUACGAAGGAGAGAGCUGAGCUUUCCUUUGAGCGUUUCUCUACACCGAAACGCCGCGAAACCCUUCUGCACGUCCCCCUGGCGUCCGAGUGGCUGCGGAAAUCUGAGGUACUUCACACGGUGUCCCGCAGACUUGCGAGAAGCAGCCGAAGGACUGUGUGUGUGCAUCUUUUUAAUUGUGUACAUAUUUAUAACGAAUGCUUUGUGUGAAUGUGUGUACGGAGGGGCCUGUUUGCAAUAAGCAAUAGCGGUACCAUUAUUGUUCAUAUAUAGGCUUGUAUUUAUCGUUCUUGAAAUUCAACUCAACUGUUGUUUCCCCCCCCCCAUCAAAUCCAUACCGCGACGCGGAAAAAAUGCUUUGUCCGUAAUUUGACGAACGUACAUAAUGUUCAUUCCCUUCGAAACCUUUGGAGUUGAGGCGAAGCUAUACGAUGGGUGGCGUCGCACUCAAUACUCGCCGGAGUCAUUCUGGGAACAGUGCGCAUAAGCAGUUUCUUUUCAGAGACACUUAAAAAUGCAACCUGUGAACUCAAGACACCUAAACCUUGAAUGACCAUCUCUCAUGGUAGGUUUAGUUUUGGGCUUCAGAGAGCUGUUAAAAGCAUGCCUUUCCAUCAGCAAGCCUUGGUUAAUCUUUCCACAUUUCCCUGGAAUGCCUUCAGUAGGAGAGCAAAAGACUGACUCGCGUGCUCCCCACAUGCCCUGAACCGUGGCCAGUGUUGGAGUACAUCUGUGUUUUGUUCCUCCGAGCUGUAGAGUUCAGUUCUCCCCGCUGGCCGCUAAACUGAAGACGAUUUAGGCCACUUGAAUACUGACACAUUUCCCUUUUUCUUUUCAUUGCUCUCCAUGUCUUAGUUUUUUCUUUUUUAGACUCUCAACCCAGUUAAUUUAGUUCCGUAAAAGGUUAAUGAACAGUUUUCUACACGGAGGCUGUGGUGUAGAAGCUGAACAUCCCCAGGUUUUUUUU